AUGUCUCAAUCUCUCGAUUUGAAUCUGGUUCCCGACAACCUGGUGACCGCCACAUUCCAGCAGUCUCAAACCCAGUAUCGAGAGGUGCAAGCAGCCAACGGCAGCACGGACAACGCCACGGUGGUCCUGGAACGUUUUGUGUCAACUGGCGGCGGAGCUAAUGCCCUAGGCUUGGUUGUGGCAUGCGCAGCUCUCGGGAUGGCAGCAUCGCAGAGCAAAAAGACCGGAGAACCUUUUCUAGCGUUCUUCCGAUCAUGCUCUGAAGUUAUCACUCUCCUGUUGCACCGCAUCAUAUGGUUCACUCCAGUCGGUGUCUCUAGCCUCAUCGCCAGUUCCGUUGCAUCGACGAAAAACGUCCUUGUAACGGUGAGGGGCCUUGGCCUCUUUGUACUGUCGGAGACACUUGGCAACGUGGUUCUGGCGAUCGGAGUUUCGCCCCUCCUCUACUUCCUCGUCGUCCGCAGGAACCCCUUCUCUCUCCUGGUGGGCGCCUCAAGGGCAGUCAUCGCUGGAGUUGCGCCCCCUUCGUCCGCCAUCGCCCUGCCAGAGAUCAUCAAAUACCUCGAGGAGAAAGUCCGGGUGGAUCAUCGGGUGUCUCGCUUCGUCGUUCCUUUCGCCGUCACGCUUAACCGGGACGGCAGCGUCAUGUUCAUCACGCUGACGUCACUGUACAUAGCGCAGCUGCAAGGCGACGUCACUGCCGACGUCAUAGUUCUCGUGAUCUUGUUGGCGACGGCCAGCUCUCUAGCCAUACCUGCCAUCCCCAGCGCCAGCUUCGUGACCAUUCUGCUCAUCCUGUCCUCCAUCAACGUCACGCCCGCCAACAUCGGCAUCCUCAUGGCCAUUGAGUGGUUCUCAGACCGGAUACGAACAGGUGCCAAUGUGGUCAGCCACAUCGUGUGUGGAGCCAUAACCAACAAGCUGUGCAUGACGUCACUGAUGGCCACAGACCUUCUACAGACUACUCCACUUCGUCAUGUCGAGAAGAUGGUUAUAGUUGAGGAACCUGACUCCGAGAAAGAUGAAAGUCAUCAGACCUCCCAUCAAUGACGGGAUAUCUUUAAUAUUUUUUCAAAAGAAACGAUCAACUUCUUCCCCAGGAUCCUUAUUUCUCUUCCGGUUUGAAACUUAUGGCGAAAAGUACAAUAUCAGAAGAAAUAAAAUUAUAGUCAGAGUAACUAAAGUCCAGGAUGUAAAAACCAACAGCCAGAUCUCUGAAAGAUAUAGAGCUGAAAAACAUAACAAAGCUGGUAAACAAGACGCAUUAGAAACUGGUAAGCAAGAUACACUGGUGAACGCCGGUAAACAAAAAUGCAUGUCAUGGACAACUCGGAGACGAAAGUGGUCAAAGGUGUUGUGGCCCGGAUCAUUCUAACUGCGCGUGGGAAUGGGAACGUGAGUAAAGGGUGGGAAGGGAGAAAGCAGCUUAAAAACCGUUGCAGCCUCGUGUGCUGAAGAGCGCAGCAACGAUUUUGCGUUGUACUAUAUCUUUGUGCGCAGUUGUUUCAUGUCUGCGCAUGCUCCAUUACGGCGAAUUAAUGCGCAUGGGAUUUGUAACUGUGAUUGCCACGCCCUCUGUCAACAACAAGCUUUGUUGACUACUGCACAGCUGAGGAGAUAAAUAAGUAUAUCGCGUGGAUCAGCGCUUGACAACCUUCUUCUCGACUGGAACUGAAACGUCUACACAGCAUGUAGAUGACUGCGGUUUAACCCUUAAGUCACUUCCAUAGUUUAUAAAUAUGUUUAUUAAAACAGUAAAAUAACAAUAACAAAUGUGCAAAAAUAAUUUAUGUCACAAUCAGCACUUACUGCAAGAAAAAGUUACAGAAUAUAACUGCAUGGAUUGACUGUGGCUUUUACUUAACUGUCACACAUGGUGAACAGUUCUAGCAAGAAUAUUAAUAUAAUUACCGACAUUUAUUGUCAAGAACAAUUAAGUUUCACAAAUAAAAAUUUUCUAUACA